GAUUCGUAUACAUUUCCACCAGUGACUUCCCUUGCCACAAAACGUGGUGCCAUGUCGGCCUUUGUGACAGGUGGCAGUCGUGGGAUCGGCCUGGCCUUGGUGCAGGCGAUUCUCCGAGAGAACCCUGGAAGCCGCGUAGUGGCGGCUGCACGAACGGUAUCAGAGCCCUUGGAGGCACUGAAGGCCCAGUAUAGCAACAGACUCUUGGUGGUGAACCUGGAUCUCACUGAGGAGGCCUCCAUCCAAGAUGCGACGCAAGCGACAGAAGAUUUCUGCCAAGGCUCAUUGCAGCUCUUGGUGCACAAUGCUGGGCUUAUGCAUCCCAGUGGCCGUGGUGAAAACUCCAUAACGCGUCUUGACAUGAACUCCUUCAACAAGGUGAUGGCAACCAAUGUCGUUGGCCCGGCCUUGCUUACAAAGGCUUUGUAUCCGCGACUGAAAUCUGCUGGGCAGAAAGAGCCCAGCAAGGUGGUGGCAGUGGGUGCUGGUGUAGCAUCCAUCAGUGGCAACCAGGCUGGCGGAUGGUAUUCGUAUCGGACCUCUAAGACUGCAAUGAACGUGCUGCAGUCGCAUUUUGCUUUGACUCUUUGAUUUCGGUUUGGAACAUGACAUUGAGAACUUGAACUCUUCUAGUCAUCCAUGUUGUCAGUUGUCAUUCCUCGUUUGCUUCUAAGGCCUUCAUGAAAAACCUUUCCAUUGAAGGUGCCCGCCACAAUGUGACCGCCUUUUCGCUCUAUCCACAAAUGGUGGAUACAACUCUCUCCAAGCCCUACGUCAAGGGAAACCCUUAUCCAGAACUAAGAAGUCCAGAGGCCGAGCUUAUCAAGUGUCAGAUCUUCUUAGCCGUCAGCCCUGUGACUUUUUGGGCCUGGCUUCUUAUUCAUGUCACAAGUUUGUUGAGACAGUUUUGGUUGGUCAUGAGUUUUAAUUUUUCAACGUUCUAGCUCUCUCACUGCCAGUAGUCUUGCGAGUCACAGCUGAAUGUUUCAGGGCUCAAAAACAACCUUUAACCUUGGGAGGAGACUGCCGAACGGAUGUUGGAAUUGACACUUCAAGUGCAAUGGGGGCCAAGGGGAGUGAGUGCAGUCGAUGAUAGAGGGGAGACUGGGGUUCAACUGUCUCGCCACUUCGUGGCUAUCCUGGAAGCUGCUCUCUUUUUGGGUCGAGAGGGAAACUUUAUGUAUCGUUACUUUACCCUUAACUUUUGCAUACGUUCUGCUACUUCAACAAGUUUGAGGCUUCAGCAAAAACGCAAGUGCGUAGGCUGGAUGCUUGCGAAAGCAAACCACAAUGAACGCUCCUGGGUUCUUCGAGGUGAACACUGUGAAGGAUCCGAGAUGGGAGCCAGUCACUCCACGUUGAAAUCCAAGAAUCAUCGAUCUCUCCUUCGACAACACUCAACAACUCACAUGUUUUUAGUUGGUCCGCUCAUUUCACAACCUCACCACCUCGUGCUGUUUAAUAGCCAUGAACUUAUUUGAUCCGACAGGCCACCCUCCUAUUGAAUACUCACGAAAGCCAGCCAAUAGGCUAGUGGAGUUGGGUUGGGCGAACGAAGUGAGUAUUAGGGGGUGUGGGGGGAGUGGUCGCACA